AGGGGAGGCAAGAGCUCAGUUUUAUAUUGAGACAUUGCGCCGGCUGAAGGUACAGAAUGCUUUUCCCUGCCAGGACCUGAUGCAAUCCAUUCAAGCCAACAAGUUUGGAGAGAAUGUUGAGUUCAAUCAAUUCAGAACGUCGAGAUGGAGCCCAACUCACUCCAGUGGGUCGGCUCACCGUGCGGCUUGCACGGACCUUACAUUUUCUACAAGGCUUUUCAAUUCCACCUUGAAGGCAAACCAAGAAUUUUGUCCCUUGGCGACUUUUUCUUUGUAAGAUGUACGCCAAAGGAUCCGAUUUGCAUAGCGGAGCUCCAGCUGCUGUGGGAAGAAAGGACCAGCCGGCAACUUUUAUCCAGCUCUAAACUUUAUUUCCUCCCCGAAGACACUCCCCAGGGCAGAAAUAGCGACCACGGCGAGGAUGAAGUCAUUGCUGUUUCUGAAAAGGUGAUUGUGAAGCUUGAAGACCUGGUCAAAUGGGUACAUUCUGAUUUCUCCAAGUGGAGAUCUGGCCUCCAGGCUGGGCCAGUGAAAGCGGAGGCCUUGGGGAGAAAUGGACAGAAGGAAGCUCUGCUGAAGUACAGACAGUCCACCCUCAACAGCGGACUCAACUUCAAAGAUGUUCUCAAGGAAAAGGCUGACCUUGGGGAGGACGAGGAAGAAAUGAAUGUGAUCGUUCUCAGCUACCCUCAGUACUGCCGGUACCGCUCCAUGCUGAAGCGCAUCCAGGAUAAGCCGUCUUCCAUUCUAACGGACCAGUUUGCAUUAGCCCUGGGGGGCAUUGCAGUGGUCAGCAGGAACCCCCAGAUCCUGUACUGUCGAGACACGUUUGACCACCCCACUCUCAUAGAAAAUGAGAGUGUAUGCGACGAGUUUGCGCCAAAUCUUAAAGGCAGACCACGAAAAAAGAAACUGUGCCCACAGAGAAGAGAUUCCUUCAGUGGAGUUAAGGAUUCCAACAAUAAUUCUGAUGGUAAAGCUGUUGCCAAGGUGAAAUGUGAGGCCAGGUCAGCCUUGGCGAAGCCGAAGAAUAACCAUAAUAACUGUAAAAAAGUCUCAAAUGAAGAAAAACCAAAGCUGGCCAUUGGUGAAGAGUGCAGGGCAGAUGAACAGGCCUUCUUGGUGGCACUUUAUAAAUACAUGAAAGAAAGGAAAACGCCGAUAGAAAGAAUACCCUAUCUAGGUUUUAAACAGAUUAACCUUUGGACUAUGUUUCAAGCUGCUCAAAAACUGGGAGGAUAUGAAACAAUAACAGCCCGCCGCCAAUGGAAACAUAUUUAUGAUGAGUUAGGCGGUAAUCCUGGGAGCACCAGUGCUGCCACUUGUACCCGCAGGCAUUAUGAAAGACUAAUCCUACCUUAUGAAAGGUUUAUUAAGGGAGAGGAAGAUAAGCCCUUGCCUCCAAUCAAACCUCGGAAACAGGAGAACAGUUCACAGGAGAAUGAGAAUAAAACAAAAGUAUCAGGAACCAAACGCAUCAAACAUGAAAUGCCUAAGAGCAAGAGAGAGAAAGAGAAUGCACCGAAGCCCCAGGACACAUCCGAGGUUGCAUCAGAGCCAGAGAAGGAACAAGAGCCUUUAAACCAGAAAAGUGUCACAGAACCUCUUGCGGCAGCCGAUGUGAAGAAAAAAGCAGACGGGUACCAGGAUUUCCCAGCAAAGUCCCUGGCAUCCAGAGCAGACCCCGAAAAGGACAGUGAAACAGACCAAGGUUCCAACAGUGAGAAGGAGGUGGAGGAGCUGGGUGAGAAGGGGCCUGCAGCUCCGCUCCCCAGCCUGCCCCUGGCUCCGGAAAAGGACCCAGCUCCCAUCUCUGGGGCUGGCAAACAGUCCCUGGCCUCUCCUGGUGCCCCCGUGGAUACAAAGCAGGAAUCCAAACCCUGUUGUUUUACAGAGAGCACUGCAAAUGACCUCCAAGAUGCAUCCUUUCCUGGCCUCCCCACCACACAGCCACCCCUGGCAAACCAGAAUGAGCUGGAGGAUGACAAACUGCCUGCGAUGGCAGAUUACAUUGCUAACUGCACUGUGAAGGUCGACCAGCUGGGCAGUGAUGACAUCCACACUGCGCUAAAGCAGACGCCAAAGGUCCUUGUGGUCCAGUCGUUUGACAUGUUCAAAGACAAAGACCUGACUGGGCCCAUGAAUGAAAACCAUGGACUUAAUUACACACCCCUGCUCUAUUCCAGGGGCAACCCAGGCAUCAUGUCCCCACUGGCCAAGAAAAAGCUUUUGUCCCAAGUGAGUGGGGCCAGCCUCUCUAGCAGCUACCCUUACGGCUCCCCACCCCCUUUGAUCAGCAAAAAGAAACUGAUUGCCCGGGAUGACUUGUGUUCUAGUUUGUCCCAGGCCCACCACGGCCAAAGCGCUGACCACAUGGCCGUCAGCCGGCCCUCGGUGAUCCAGCACGUCCAGAGUUUCAAAUCCAAGCCGUCAGAGGAGAGGAAGGGCAUCAGUGACAUUUUCAAGCAUGACAAACUGAGUCGAUCGGAUGCUCACCGCUGUAGCUUCUCCAAGCAUCAUCUGAACUCCCUGGCUGACUCCUAUGUCUUGAAGCAAGAAAUUCAGGAAGGCAAAGAUAAACUCUUAGAGAAGAGGGCACUCCCCCACUCCCACAUGCCCAGCUUCCUGGCGGAUUUCUACUCGUCCCCUCAUCUCCACAGUCUCUAUCGGCACACGGAGCACCACCUUCACAAUGAACAGUCAUCCAAGUACGCAUCCAGGGACAUGUACAGGGAGUCGGAAAACAGUUCUUUCGCCUCCCACAAGCACCAAGAAAAGCUCCAUGUAAAUUAUCUGGCAUCUCUUCACCUGCAAGACAGAAAGCUGGCUGCAGCAGAAGCCUCCACGGAUGAUCAGCCCACAGAUCUGAGCCUCCCCAAGAACCCACACAAACUGACCAGUAAGGUCUUGGGCCUGGCCCACUCCACCACCAGAGAGCCCCAAGAGAGCAAAGGCCUCUCCCAGUUCCAGGUCGUCAGCAGCCAGAGCCGAGACUGUCACCCCAAAGCCUGUCGGGUCUCACCCAUGACCAUGUCGGGUCCUAAAAAGUACCCCGAAUCACUUUCAAGAUCGGGGAAACCUCACCACGUGAGACUGGAGAAUUUCAGAAAGAUGGAAGGCAUGGUCCACCCUAUCCUGCAUCGGAAAAUGAGCCCUCAGAACAUUGGUGCCGCGCGUCCCAUAAAGCGCAGCCUGGAGGAUUUGGACCUGGUGAUUGCUGGGAAAAAGGCUCGGGCAGUGUCUCCCCUGGACCCGGCGAAGGAGGCCUCCGGGAAGGAGAAGGCCUCUGAGCAGGAGAGUGAAGGCGCCAAGGCCACCUACGGUGGGCAUUCUGGUGGAGGAUCGGAAGGCCACAAGCUUCCCCUGUCCUCCCCGAUCUUCCCAGGUUUGUAUUCUGGGAGCCUGUGUAACUCGGGCCUCAACUCCAGGCUCCCAGCUGGGUAUUCUCACUCUCUGCAGUACUUGAAAAACCAGACUGUGCUUUCUCCGCUCAUGCAGCCCCUGGCUUUCCACUCACUUGUGAUGCAAAGAGGAAUUUUUACAUCACCAACAAAUUCUCAGCAGCUGUACAGACACUUGGCUGCGGCCACACCUGUAGGAAGUUCAUACGGGGACCUUUUGCACAACGGCAUUUACCCUUUAGCUGCUAUAAAUCCUCAAGCUGCCUUUCCACCUUCCCAGCUGUCCUCCGUACAUCCCAGUACAAAACUGUGAACCCGGCUCUGCCCGGCAGCCCCAGCCAGCAUGGCUGAUGGAGUAUCGCAUCCGGCCCGGGGCGAUGUCUCCCAGAGUUGGAAGUCAGUAUUCCUUCUAAUCUGGGAUAUGAUUAGUCCCAGCAUCAAGGCUGAUUUUUCUGGGACAGUUCUAGCCUUGGCUGGUCAGUCUUGACCCUCUUCCAGCACGGAUGUCCUCGAUCAUUCACUUUGAACGUGGGUCUGGAGAAGGGAUUUAUGUAGAUCCAGGAAGAACUUAGAGGACCCCAGCUGAGUUCAGAUGGUCGGGAAGCAAACUGGGCCCCCCCAAAAAGGAGCAGGCUUUUCAAAGGAAAGGGCAAGAGAGACUGGCAAUCAUAGCCAAGGGCUGCCCCUCUUUCCGUAAAACUCUCCAAGGUUCAAUCAAUGCAAUGUAUAGUGAAUCCUCAAUAGAUCUUUCAUUUUGACACUAUUAAACAAACCAGAGAAGUAAACACUGUUAAAUCGACUGUAUAUAUUUGCUUCUUACAACUACCCGUAUCACUGUCUGCUCACCUAAUUUAUAUACAGGUAGUUCCAUUUUCUCCCAGUUCCUUCUUGUCCCUUUUAUUCUUUUUUUAAUUAAACAAUAUCACUUUUGUUUGCAGGUCCUUUGUUUUUGUUUUGUUUUGGUUUUUGUUUUGUUUGAAAGGCUGACUAACUGUCCUAGUUGUCGGUGUGUAUUUGUCAUUUUUCCACAACUGAUCAUUUCGAGCAGCUUUGGGUGGUAAAGUUAUUGUUUACAAAUUGAAGCAACUGAUUCUAGUGGAACAAAUGAAAAAGAAACAGCCGAGCACACAAUCGUGCAAAGAACGUUCCUUUGCAGAUCCACAACUUAUGGAUUUUGUUCCUCAUAAAUGGCAUAGUUGAAAGAGCUUAUGCACUGCUUACCCGGCCAGAUGCUUUGCUUUGAAGUAUUGGGCUAUGUGAAAAUAUUGAGCAUUGUACUUACCUUAUCUAGGCUGUGAAACUGUCCUACAUACCAGAGGAUUCAUAAAAACAAAAACCUCACUGGCAGCAAGCUGCUGAAUAACAACAAAAUCUAGAGGACAUAUUUGUGGGCUGCACAGAUAUUUUAGGAAUUUCAGAAAUUAGAACAGGAGCCAGAAUGACUUACAUUGGUGUUGGCGCUGUUCCAUUUAAAGUCUGGGGAAGCGGGGUGGGAAGAGGAUGGAGCUCGACUGUCCGGCAGAGGAGGAGCAGCUGGAGGCCUGGCUGCCAGACAGCUUCCCUGGGCCGCAGCCUACCGGGUCAUAGGUAGUGACGUUGUUGUCAUCACUUGGUUUCUUGUCAUCCCCAAGAAGAUUGUCUCCAGGUUACAUCUUUGGAGACAACAGGCAUACUGGAUUACCUGUGUCAAAAGAAAGGCAUCCUCUGGGGCUUACGGGGUGUGAGUUCUGUGUGCACAUGCACAUGGGAGGUGGCUGGUGCCAUGGUUUUUUAUAUACCUGGCAAUACUGUCUGCUUUGACUUCGUUUAGUGUUAGAAAUGAAUGGUCCAGCUGUUCAGGUAGUCAAAAGAUGUGGACAAUGCCUGCUGUCAUUCUUGCCACUUUAUCCUAUUUGCUCCCAAGAUGUAACACCAAAGUGGACACAUUUUCUAGGUGUAUUAAGAGUCAGUUGAUGGAGUGGAUUUUCUUUCCCAUUCCCAUCCAUCCCCGCUGGAGACUGCUCUGAUGAACUCCCCAGCCCACAGUGCCCUGCUCCAACACUACCAGUAGACUUUAGAACCAUAGUUAACCAAGUCUUUUACCUCUGAGCUAUUUAAGUCUAUGAAAAUUGAUGACAAUUUUCAACUUCUAAAUAGGUAACUCAACUGCAAAAUAAAACCAAUAACUGAAACUGCGGCUCUUACACAAAGCCACGCAUGCUGUGCAUUUAUAUUGAAAUGUCUCCAUGAUAUGAAGCCAAAUAUUCCGUGUAACAUAUUUAAUAUCCAAAGGUGGAAACAAAAGAAUGUAGAGAUCCAGUGUUAAGAGUUCCAUUUGCUUCAAUUACUUAUUUACCUUCCUGUGGAAUAAUAUAUAUUAUAUAUAUUUAAUAGAACCAUAGAUAGACUAGUAGAAUUUAGAUUAUAAAUGUGUGAGUGCAGAUUAUCCUGCUAUUGCACAAGAAUGAGGGGGAAAAUAAUCUCAAUUCCAGCUGGCCAAAUGCUGGCCAGGACACGUAGAAGAAAGUUGCACUAGAUUGAAUGGUCACAGAAUCAGAGGACGUGUAAGAGGAGAACUCGGUGGCUCUGCAGCAGACAUGGGCUAGACCGGAUGUGGUUUGUGAGAGUUCCUUUCUCAGAGAAAAUGGGAGCCGUGGGUCCUCACGGAGCUCACCUAUCCACUUGUAAUAUGGGGCACUUGUUUCCCCAGUGCAGUGAUUUCAGUCUGGUUUCAUCAUGCUGGAAUUUGAUCACACCAUUUGCAAACAAUGUCAACAUAGUCCAGCUUUUGUUUCUCCCGUCUCUUCCGAGAGGAGACUCACUGUUUCUGUCUGAGGAAGCUCAUACCCUCUGCAGAACAUCAGGACAAAUACAGAGAGAUGGGGGUACACAUCCCCAACAGAAGCAGUGUGUUAUUUGUUUUAAAACUCCAAACAGAGAUCUUGGAUGUGUUUCAAAAAGACCAUUGAAUUCUUCAUUGGCUGAGAGCUACAUUUUAAAAAGUCUUAAAUAGGGCUUUGUUUGCAUUGUUUGAGUUCAAGGGGCCUUAUUAUUGAAUGGAAUUGCACAAGCCUUUCUUUGUGCAAUCAGACCAUUGUUAUUGGUAGUUCUGUAAGGGAACUGUGGAAUCUAAUUGGCAGUGGAGUCAUAAAUCUAUUUACUGAGUGUGGCUUCCAAGAAAUGUUGCAAUUCAAAAUGCACUAAGUUCAUGAUUUAUUGGAGAUGUAGAGAUUCCAAAUAAUAUUUUUAAAAAAACCUUUCCAUGCAACUUCUGGUCUAACUUUUGACAACUCAACAGAAAAAAAAAAAAGCCCAACCGAGUUUUAGAAUUAAGUAUUCUCGUAGUAAUUUGAACUUGUAAUGUUUGCCACAGGACUGACUUAUUUAUUUACUAGCUAGAUGCUCUUAAGUUCACUUGUUUAUCAGGGCAUAUACAGAAGGGUUUGUUAAAACUCAGUGUGGACUUUACAACUUUCUGACCUGGUGCAUGAAUUCUCAAGUACUGUAUUUCACUGUGUUAAUGUGUCGGAUGGAAAUUUUGAGGUGGUCCCACAAAAAUAUUUUAUGUAGUGUGCCUUCAAAGAGAACCAUUUAUAUCUCUUCACUUGUUGUCCUGCAAAGUCAUGUUUGGUGGUGGUCAGCCAAGUCCCAUCUGGUCUAGUUUUAUUCUUGUCCCAAUUUUAAAGAGAAAUGGGAACGAUUUUGCCCUGGUGAGACCCACACCAUUGCAAUGAUUACCUUGAGCACUUAAACUCCAGUGUUGGCUGUUGUAUUUGAUAUUCUGCUUGUCUCCCCAUGGUUGAAAUAUGUCUGAAGAAUAGCAGCAUAAUCUCUUGGCUGUUUAUACUUUUUUAAACUUUACUGUGUUGUAAAUAUUGUAUACUUUUGGUGAUUCCAGCUAUGUAACCUCUAUGCUCUGUAAGGUGAUUAUAUGUAUAUAGCAACAUGGCCCAGUGAUAUUAUAUAGUUUCCCAAUGGAGAGGUUAUUGAGUAACCUUUGCAUUAGUUUAAACACUACCAGGAGAAUGCUGAGCCAACUAUAAACACUCAAUUUUGUAUGUUUUCCAAAUUGUACUUAUUACUGCUUUUGAUACUGUAUUACGUGCCAAUAGUUUCCCAAUCACAUAGCAGGCAAGAGAUAUUUUGUACUUUUUGAUCCACUGUAAUAUUUAAUAAAAAAUGUUACUAUCUGUUUCCUUU